GUAUAUUCUACACAUACUCACACACACUUAACUGUCUUCCGCUUCAUUCAUAGGUGCACCACAAAAAGAAGAAAGCAAUGGCUUCCUCUUGCAAAGUACUAGUUCUCUUUAUUGUGAUAUUGUUUAUAGGAAGUUCUAAUGCUCAACUCUCAACAAAUUAUUACUCCAAAUCAUGUAAGCAUAUUUUCUCUACUGUGAAAUCUGUUGUUAGCGCAGCGGUAUCCAAAGAACGAAGAAUGGGUGCUUCUCUUCUCCGCCUGCAUUUUCAUGACUGCUUUGUCAAUGGAUGUGAUGGUUCAAUUCUGCUCGAUGACACAUCAAAUUUCACAGGGGAGCAAAACGCGAAUCCGAAUCAAAAUUCUGUGAGAGGGUUCAAUGUUAUUGAUGAUAUUAAGGAGGCAGUAGAGAAGGUCUGCCCAGGGGUAGUGUCAUGUGCAGACAUCCUGACAAUGGCUGCUCGAGAAUCUGUUGUGCUCCUCGGAGGACCGAAAUGGAAAGUGCCGCUCGGAAGAAGGGACGCGAGAACUGCAAGCCAGUCUGCCGCUAAUAACAACAUCCCACCUCCAACGUCUAGCCUUGCAAAGCUCAUAGCAAGUUACAAAGCUCAAGGUCUCUCAAAGAAGGACAUGGUUGCGUUAUCCGGUGCUCACACAAUUGGACUAGCAAGAUGUACAAACUUUAGAGCUCGUAUUUAUAACGAGACCAACAUCGACAGUUCUUUUGCCGCUCAGAAACAGAGUAAGUGCCCAAGGACUUCAGGAUCAGGAGACAACAAUCUAGCAUCAUUAGACGUUCAAACUCCAAAUUCAUUUGACAACAACUAUUAUAAGAAUCUUGUCAGCAAGAAAGGCCUACUUCAUUCUGAUCAACAACUCUUCAAUGGUGGAUCGACUGACUCCCAAGUUCAAAGAUACGCCAAGAACCCGAACCUCUUUAAUGAUGAUUUUGUUAGAGCCAUGAUCAAGAUGGGAAACAUUAAACCUCUCACUGGCUCUAAGGGAGAGAUUCGGAAGAAGUGCGGUAGAGUGAACUAAGAAUGAGUUUAAGUACUAGGGGUGAAAUUUCUCGAAGUGCUAUUUUCUUUAAUUUGUAUGAAAUAUUUCGUAGUUUGUUUUAAGAUACUAAAGGACUGUGUUUUACGGCAAGUCCAGUGUGUCCUUUAGUUUAGUUAUUUCAUUAAAACUCCUGCGGCAAGUCUUGGUACUUGUAAAAGGUAGUCGGAACUUAAAUAUUUGCUAAAUAUGUUACAGCAAACUUAUAAUAAUUAUGUUCUUAUGCACCGGGAUGUCAUGUCAAUCAUUUUUACGAAGAAAUGCUUUAAAUAAAAUUUUCCGAAUUGGCCAAGC